UGUGCUCAAUCCCGCUUUACCCCUGUGGAGUACCAGCAUCCCGCCUAUCGCUCCGUGUCAGCAUUUUAUUAAUUUAUUAUACUUUAGUGUUUUUACCUGUCCGCUGUGAGCCAUGCAGUCUAUCCGCAAGCCUUUCGGAGCUCUGAACGAGAACGCCUCCCCCAUGAAGAGUCUGAGUCUGACCGAUAAGGAGAACACACCUCCUUCCCUGAGCAACACCCGGAUCCUGGCUAGUAAGACAGCCCGCAAGAUCUUCGAGGAGACAGAGACUGACUCGGUAAAGCCAAAGACACAAGCUCAUUCUAAUCAAGAUGAGCCUCUGCUGAGGGACAACCCAAAUCGCUUUGUGAUAUUUCCUAUUCAAUAUCAUGAUAUCUGGCAGAUGUACAAGAAGGCAGAAGCCUCUUUCUGGACAGCAGAGGAGGUGGAUCUCUCCAAAGACCUCCAACAUUGGGAGUCCCUAAAGUCCGAUGAGAAAUUCUUCAUCUCUCAUGUCUUGGCAUUCUUUGCUGCUAGUGAUGGCAUUGUAAAUGAGAACCUGGUCGAACGCUUCAGCCAGGAAAUUCAAGUGACAGAAGCCCGCUGUUUCUAUGGCUUUCAAAUUGCGAUGGAGAACAUUCAUUCUGAAAUGUACAGUCUCCUUAUAGACACUUACAUUAAGGACCCAAAAGAAAGAGAAUAUCUCUUCAAUGCUAUUGAAACUCUACCUUGUGUGAAAAAGAAGGCUGACUGGGCAAUGCGUUGGAUUGCUGACAGACAAGCAACAUAUGGUGAGCGUGUUGUGGCUUUUGCUGCGGUGGAGGGAAUCUUUUUCUCUGGCUCCUUUGCAUCCAUAUUCUGGCUAAAAAAGCGUGGACUGAUGCCUGGAUUAACUUUCUCUAAUGAGCUAAUUAGCAGAGAUGAGGGGCUACACUGUGACUUUGCAUGCCUUAUGUUUAAACAUCUUGUAAACAAACCAUCAGAGGCUCGCGUUGGAGAACUGAUUACAGAUGCUGUCCGUAUAGAGCAGGAAUUUCUGACAGAUGCAUUACCCGUCAACCUCAUUGGUAUGAACUGCACUCUAAUGAAGCAAUACAUCGAAUUUGUUGCAGAUCGGCUGUUACUUGAACUUGGCUUUAGUAAGAUAUUCAGAGCAGAAAAUCCAUUUGAUUUUAUGGAAAAUAUUUCACUGGAAGGAAAGACUAACUUCUUUGAGAAGAAAGUUGGUGAAUAUCAGAAGAUGGGAGUAAUGUCUAAAGCAUCAGACAACACAUUUACACUUGAUGCAGACUUCUAAAGAUACUUGAAUCUUCUCUAAGACUGGGCAUUAUGGCCACCUAUGAAAGUGGCUAAACUUGUCAAGAUGUUUACAAUGGUGUCUGUAAGGGGCAUGAUAAGCUACAUGACAAACUACAUACAGCAAUGGCCAUGCCUCAAUGUUGACUACAAUUUUAGCUGCAUUCUGCUAAAGGCUUGGCUUACAGUAGAAAACACAGGAACGCUUGUAGACAUCAUGGGUGCAUUUGUACAGCUUGGUGUUAUAAGGGCUGCUGUGUACUCUGCAGGGGAUAUUAACUUGUGCUGGCUGUCAGCACUUUUAUUUUGUGUAAUGUAUUUUAGUUUAUAUGUAAAAAUUGCACUUUAAAAAUAAACUCAAUUUUCUUUAA